GCCGCCGCCCCAGGGGCCCGCGAGGGCGAGGCCGGCGCCGCGGCCCGGCUCACUCGGCGCAUGGAGCCGCCGGGGGAGGGCGGCGACAUGGCGGCGGCGCUGCGGGCCGCUAAGCGGGCGCUGCGAGAGGAGCUGCGGCAGCGGCUGCGGGCGCUGGGCGCGGCGGAGAAGCAGCGCCAGUCCCGCCUGCUGAGUCGCAAGGUGAUUAGCCAUCCCAAGUACCAAGAAUCCAAAAGAAUUGCAAUCUUCCUGAGCAUGCCAGAUGAAAUCCAGACAGAAGAAAUCAUUAAGGACAUUUUUAAGCAAGGCAAAGAGUGUUUCAUCCCACGUUACAAGCCUCACAGCAAUCACAUGGACAUGCUGAAGUUAUCAUCAGCUGAAGACAUUUCUUCACUUACUUUGACAUCCUGGAAUAUUCUUCAGCCUAGUGAUGAUGACAGUGCAAGAGAGGAGGCUCUUGCUGGUGGAGGUCUUGACCUUAUCUUCAUGCCAGGCCUUGGGUUUGACAAAAAAGGCAACAGAUUGGGAAGAGGGAAAGGAUAUUAUGAUACCUAUCUUGAGAGAUGUAUGAAACAUCCCAGGGGAAAGCCUUACACAAUUGCCUUGGCUUUUAGGGAACAGAUUUGUGAAUCAGUGCCUGUGGCAGAAAAUGAUGUCCAAAUAGAUGAAAUCCUUUAUGAAGACCGCUGAAAGUAUCUUGAUACCAACCCACCUUCAAAGUGACCAACCAAAGACAUCAGAUCCAUCAAUCAUGACUUUUUGGUAGUCAUACAUGACUUUGGGAGCAAUAAAAUACACUAUUUGUGUUUGAACAAAAAAACCCGAACAGUGUAAAUGUGGUAAUAGUAGUGAGGAUUGCAUUGAUUUGCUUUUAAUUAGCAAAUAGCUGGUGUGAAUUCUUAUUCUAGAAUCAAUAGAAACAAGAAUGUGUGACUUCAUUAUGGUAAGGACCAUUUCUUCUCAUCGUACUUUUGAGGAACAAGCUACCUGAUACUUAACAGUUUUAUUAAAAGUGAACUGUGUACUAAUGACAGUACUAAUGUGUACUUGAUCCAUUCUGGAAUUAGAUACUGUUAUGGUGAAAGUUCUUAGUACUUAAAUAUUAUGUGCAUCCAUGAGAAAAACAAGAAACUGCCAGAUAAGUCCUAUAGUAACUGGGCAAAAAAUGGUGAUUGGAAAAAAGCCUUAACGGAUUUUCGUGUAUACAAUAAUUUUGACUGUUUACUUGGCUCCUUGAAGUUGUCUUAAAAUAAAGGGAGUAUCUGUUAAUAAAAAAAGGUUCAUGUCCGUA